CGUCAUUCUGACUGCAGGUACAUAAGACGCAGCUCCAAACGUCCCCUAUCAUUCCAACAGAAGACUAGUAGGAACAUAAAGUUAUAAUUGAUAAAGAAGGACUCGACAUGUUUAAACUUAGCAGUGUCAUCGUGGUGACUCUGGUGUUGACUUUUGUAUGGUUAGCUGAAGGCCUGAAAUGCAGAGCUUGUGAGCCUGAGAACUGUACACCGCCAGCGGGCUGCAAAUGGGGCACGGGACUGGGCGUCUGUCAGUGCUGCUCAGUCUGCCUCAAAGGUCCCGGUGAGCAGUGCGGUGGACCAUGGCACAUACACGGUCAGUGCGGUAGUUCCCUGGAGUGCAUUCUGGAUGAACCUGCAGUCGAGAACGGGGCUGGUGUGUGUGACCGUCCUGGUGUAGGCAUCAUACGACCAUAGGCCGACCCUGCAAAAACCCGACCACCAAUCCGUUUACGAUCAGCGGUCUGAAGCAUCAGCCGUAAAACUUAAAGGAAGAGAUAAAUUUCAACAAAUUUAAUUUAGGAAUACGAUGUAAAAUAAAAAUGGGCAGUGUCGACACCCUAGUUUUAAUAACCCAUGUGUGCAAAAUUAAAUUAAGAUUUGUAUGAAUUUGCAUGAUAAAUAA